AUGACACCUUUUGAGGCUUUAUAUGGUUUUGCCCCACCCAGACUCUUGGAUUACAUUCUAGGCACCACUAAAGUUGAUAGUGUGGAUGUGCAUCUGCAUACUAGACAGCAGCUCAUUUCUUUAUUGAAGCAGAACCUGGUGGCAGCUCAGGAGAGGAUGAAGGCUACUGCUAAUAAGCAUAGGACUGUGAGAGAGUUUACAAUAGGUGAUUGGGUGUACCUCAAGUUGCAGCCAUACAAACAGAUGUCCUUGAGGCAGAAACGUUUAGGGAAAUUGCCACCUAGAUGUUAUGGUCCUUUCCAGAUUGAUAUAUUGCAGAAGGUUGGCAGUGUAUCUUAUAGAUUGGAUUUGCCCCCUGAAUCAAGGCUUCAUCCCACCUUCCAUGUUUCCUGUUUAAAAGGCAGGUUGGGUCAGCAUGUGGUAUCUCUUCCUUCCUUACCUCCUGUGGACUCUGAGGGCAUCAUCAGACCAGAACUUGUAGCUGUUUUACAAGAAAGGACUCAUCACUUGAGGAACAGGUCUAUCACUCAGGUUUUGGUUCAAUGGCAAGGGGAACAAGUGGAGGAUGCUACUUGGGAGAGUUUGUACUUACUGCAACAACAAUUCCCUCACCUUGUGGGCAAGGUGCUUUAA